AUGGCGAGCCGGGAGGUCGCCAGAGCGGAGUUCAAGAUCAUUACAGAGAUGUCAGACGAAUGCUGCUCGCCUAAUGACAUGGCCAUCUACGGGAGACGUUUCAUGGAGUUACUGAAUGCUCAUCCCCGCGCAUUCAACGGUCUCACGGACUUGUGCCUGUAUAAUCUGAGACUCGGCAAGCUCGACAUGGCUAAUGUGCUCAGGGAAUGCAGGAAGCUGGAGUACCUCAGCCUGAGAAACUGUGACGCUGGGAUUGGAUCUGUCUUGCAGAUAGAGCACCCACAACUUUGUGAGCUGCGUAUUGCGAUUUGCGCGUGUAAAAGGGUCGAGCUCAAUAGGCUUCCAAGGCUUACUCAUCUGAAUUUUCAGAUUUGGAUGCCUGCUCAUGACGAUGCAGGUCCAUUGACCUUCGGAUAUGUUCCACAGCUCUCGGUGCUCAGCCUUAGUAAUAUGGCUUCAAUUUACCACAAGAAUACUAGGCUAAGCGAGCUCCUUCGCAACGUGGAUAGGGAUGAAUUUUCAGAUCUGAUCAAUAAUGAUUAUGUGGCAGGUGAUGAUGAUGACAUGCCUGAGUUCAGAUUUGGAUUCAACCUGAAGCGCCGAGAGCCCGAGACGAUUAGCUCUUAUGCGUAA